CAUCAAGGAGGGUGGGGUCUGGACACGUGUACCGGGAAGUAGGAAGUAAAUACACAGGAGGGAAAAUAAACUCCAAAGUUAUAGUAACUGAUAAAAGUCAUUUGAACGAUAAAAAUGAUGAAAAUGUACAUUUAGCUGUAUAACAUACGUUUCGGAGAAGGUGCCUUUUCGUCCGUAGUUGAAGAAGCAGAGUUUUGAGCGUGGGAAACUAUGAUAGAGGGCUACUCCCACGUAGCCCAGGCCCUCCUAGGGACUCUGUUUACCUGGGGUCUGACCGCCGCCGGGGCCGCCACCGUCUUUGUUUUCUCUGGCCGACAGAGGCACAUAUUGGAUGGAAGUUUAGGAUUUGCAGCAGGGGUGAUGCUGGCUGCGUCCUAUUGGUCAUUGCUGGCGCCGGCGAUCGAGAUGGCUAAGGAUUCUGGGACGUAUGGCUCAUUUGCGUUUCUGCCUGUAGCCAUUGGCUUCGCACUCGGGGCUGCUUUUGUUUACUUGGCUGACGUGGCCUUGCCCUUUUUGGGUGUAUCCGCCGAUCCUAACAUUGCUUUGGCCCUUGCUUCAGAAUCUAAGAUGGUCAAAGAGAAAGAAGAGGAACAGUUUUACCAAUUUUCUGAAUCCCAAGCCAUCAAGCUAGGUAGAGCCGGACCUCUUACAGAAGAGGGGAUUCAACUCCCCAGAAAGAGAGUAUCUCAUUGGGCUUCGUCGGGUGAUCAUGAAACAGAAAACAAACAUCUCGGAUUGACUGGCCAUUCAGGAAGCAGCUGGAGACGCAUCCUUCUUCUAAUCCUCGCCAUUACUAUUCACAACAUUCCAGAGGGGUUAGCAGUUGGAGUUGGAUUCGGGGCCAUUGGGAAGACUUCCUCUGCAACGUUUGAGAAUGCCAGAAAUCUGGCUGUUGGUAUCGGCAUCCAAAAUUUCCCAGAAGGCCUUGCCGUCAGCUUGCCACUUCGAGGCUCGGGCGUUUCGACGUGGACUGCCUUCUGGUACGGGCAGCUCAGCGGCAUGGUUGAGCCUAUCGCCGGGCUCCUAGGCGCCAUCGCCGUGGUGUUGGCCGAGCCCGUGUUGCCUUACGCGUUGGCGUUCGCUGCCGGGGCCAUGGUUUACGUGGUAGUGGAUGACAUCAUACCUGAGGCUCAAGUCAGUGGAAACGGGAAACUGGCCUCCUGGACUUCUAUAUUGGGCUUUAUCGUGAUGAUGUCGCUCGAUGUGGGACUGGCCGGAUGAGCGUAACUACAGUCGACAAAAGCCAUCCUGACCACGACACGUCGGUGUCAAAGAAGGGGACCGAUUCACGUUUUGUUGAAAUGUCAAUAAAAAGCAAGCCGCUUUCCCACCGUGCAGUAUGACCUCACGUUGCCAUGGUAAUAAAAGUGACUUCAUCCUAAAUGUCACACACGUAUACUGUGCAAAGGAUGGUUACGUUGUCUUUAUCAUGACCUCGUUUUAGUAAAGUUAGGUACUGAUUUUUGGCUCCCAAAAAUGCAGGUUCAUUACUUAGCGUAAAGUGGAAAUAGUUUUGAAAAUGUGUAACGGCAACAUUUUAAAUCAUCUCUCAUUCUCGGGAAUAUAUUGACCAAACUGUGUAUUUUCUGGUGGAAAAGCGGCUUGACCUUUAAAAACUUUUUUGUUUAGGUUUCCUGAACAUGACUACACUGCUGGCCAAAAGUAUUGGCACCCCUGCAAUUC